GCUACGGAGUAGAGGAGAAACACAAGGUUCAAACAUCAGGAAAGGACGAAGGAUGUUGAACAGGGCGGCCAUGCUAAUAUAAAGGACUUUAGUGAUGGCAGCAGACGGCUCCAGUUACCAGUUGCUUCCACUUCCCGUCGCCAUCUCUCCUUCGCUCCGCUAUGAUUCCCAUAGCCGGCGUGUUCUUCUUUCUAUCAAUUGUUCCCGAUACAGCUGUGACGGCAGCCACGUGUCCAGAUGACGUUCUGCUGGCUGUUCGGUCCUGUACCCCGGGUAACUUCUCCAUGGGAGUGUUCAACGACAUGAGGGACGUCCAACUGCAAUGCAGGUCUGGCACCUUUGAGAAAUCUCUCGCUUGCUUAACGACGUUAGCUUCAGGUUGCCAAGGCGACCAGGAAAAACGGGACUUGCUGGGGCAAUAUCUUGGUCUCCAGCGUCUGCGGGACAGCUGGGACCGGCUGUGUCAGAGAGCGCCACUGCUGGCCGAGCAUUUUGAAUGUUGGGAGGGGACGUUGCAAGCCUCCUCCCAAUGCAUCAGAGAGGAGAUGAUCAACUUUACUCGUCGCCUGCAAACUGCUUUUAAAACGUCCGCUAGUGUCCGCUACGCCGACAAACCUUUAAAGUUUGUCCAGAUGAGCUGCAGCACGUCCAGAGGCAUCCUUCAGUGCUUUGAGCCCCGACUGCUCACAACGUGUCCGUCUGAAGUGCACAACUUUAUUGCAGAACACCUACCUGGCUUAUCAGCCACCCUACUGUGGACUCACCCAAUCCUCAGCGCCACCUGGACCAGCUUCCCCAAGCAUUGCUGCCAUCCUCAUCUCUGUUAUACUGAUGUGGUUUCAACACUUGAUAGUCUACUGAUGUUACUAUUUGUAGUUUCGUUUCAUAAAACUAACUUAUUUAACUCAAGAUUUUUUUUAUCGAAAUUACAAAUGUCUUUAAAAUUGUGUAAUUUAUAUAUUUGUUGACAGACGAUAAUAAAAGCAAUUUAAUUAUUUCAGUUUGUACCAUUUUUAACAGUUACAGUUAACACUGUACCAUGAUGA